UUUUGCUAUUAAAUUGAUGAAUACUGCUAUGCAACUGCUUUUCCCGCACAUAUUUCUCCUCAUAUUUUCCGCGAUGACAGUCAGUGCAUCUCCAUUCAUGGACGGGUUAUUUGACGUAUUUAAUCAAGUGAGUGACACUGGAGAUGAUGUGGCACAUUUAAGCGUCGAUCGUCCUUUCGAUGGUGAGCAAAGGUCAAAGGCAAAUAUCGGAUUUUCAGGUGGAAUGAAAGAAAGGAACUUGAAGGAUGUUAAGACAAAUAAUGGGAAGAAGUUAGGAGAACAUCUUGGUGGGCGGGCUAAAAACCUUGAAGGCUAUCACCUUACACCCCAAAGAAAAGAUGACCGACUUCCUACAGUGACAGAGCAGCGGGACUCACCUCAGCACAGACAUUACGGCGCUCAGUUCGACUCGCAGCGUAGCAAACAUCCCUCCGCCAGUAAUCCAGAGAUAAUGAGUAAUGCUGGUCAAGCGCCAGUUUUGAGCUCGCAAGUGACGGAGCAUGGAGGUCAUUUAAAAAAACAGCAAUCUCCGUUUAGAGGGUUCAACUGGUUAGACGGAUUAAUGUUUAAUGACUUGAAGAAACUGGCAGAUCGGGACUCUGGAGUCAAAGAACAAAUGUCCGAGUGACUUGCUGACUCUGACAUUGACUUAUCUAUGGUCAAUUAACCCCAAAGACAAAGUAUACCAUUACAUGUAAUUCAAACGUGGCGUACAAAAUACAGAUAUGCGCUAAGCGUAGUUGCAGUGUCUUAUCUUGUGAAGCUUAGCCCUUGCGCUUGCGACGAUUUCAUUGAAGGAGUAAUCUUUGA